CAUCUCCCUACUCAUCUCUGAAAGUGAUUAGAAGUUUCCUUUCGUUCACAAUAUCACUUUAAGUUACACUGUUUCGUCUGCUAAUUUUACAUGAAACAAAUUUAUAAUAAAUCAUAAGUUAAGAUUUUUUUAUUAAUUAUUGUGGAAUGGCGCUAACUUUAGUGAGAAAAGCAGCCAAAUGCUUUCACCAUUCACAAUAUACAAAAGUACUGUCAACAAGAUUUUACAGUUUGUAUGAACCAGAUUAUCUAGAGCUGUUAAAACCAAAGAUACCAAUUUACACGGAUCUCCAUGUUCAAAUCAAAUCUUUUGCUUUUCCUGUGCUGGAAAGCUAUCAAGCAUAUAUAAAUACAAUUGCAGAACAUAUGGAUAUUGAUGUUGAAGACAGUUUUGCAGUUCCUCCUAAAAAAUUAAAGAUACAAAGAUUAAAACCGAAGAGCGAUGUGGUUGAUUCGGAGUAUUUACUCAAUGAGUAUGAAAGAAGUUUUCAUUUAUCAAAUGUUUCUGCUACAAAAUAUCCAAUUUUCCUAAGGAUUCUGCAAGCAACUUUACCUGAGGGAGUGAAACUACAUGUAGAGUUUUGGAAUCCUCUAAUUGAUCAAAAAAGAUAUGUGCCAGAUAAACAACUAUUGGAUUUGAAAUCAGAACUUGGUGAGCUUAAAGGAAAGUGAAGUGUUACCGCAAGUAUAUUUUUUAUGUUAUGUUGCAUUAUGAUUUUUGGAUCAUGUCUCUGAUUCAAUGCUAGGAACAGAAUAUCAAUAAAAUACUUUUAUUUGAGAA